CCGGCCACCUCGCCGUCACCAAGCAGAUUCACACACACACACACCCGCAGUGCCCCGCGAGUGCGCAACCUGUCGGUCGACUCGCGCGGAUCCCUGUCGCGGCCUCGUGCGUCCUUCCCCUGGCAGUCUCCCCUCCUUCCCGCGUCGCCUCCCAUAAGAAGCAGCACCGCCGUCCCCGCUCGUCAACCUCGCCGCUUUGCCGCCCCCGCCCGCAUUCCGCCCCGCCCCGGCCCCCGGAUCUCCAGCGGCCGCCUCCCUGACGCCACGCCGCCAUGCCCGCCUGCGACGACGACCACGCCUCGCUCCUCAGAUCCCACCCGGCCGCCGUCGCCGGAGGGGCGGGCGCCACCUCGUCGUCGCUGUCGUGCCCCUCGCCGCGCGCGGCCGCCGGCCACCGCCACGUCGACGUCGAGGCGGCCGACGGGGCCGCCUCCCCGAGGCGCGCCGGGGGCGUGCGCGGCCUCCUGCGCCACCUCGACCGCCGCGUCUACGCCCGCGGAUCUGCGCGCCGGCAGCAGCAGCAGCAGCUCGAUCGCUCCGCCGCGCUCCCCGAGGAGCCGUCUGCGGCGCCGUCGCAGACGCAGAGGGAGAGGCCGGGGGAGGAGCUCGGGGACGGGGCGCCCCCCGAGUGGGCGCUGCUGCUCAUUGGCUGCCUCCUUGGGCUCGCCACCGGCAUCUGCGUCGCCGCGUUCAACCGCGGGGUUCAUGUCAUCCAUGAUUGGGCGUGGGCAGGUACUCCCAACGAAGGUGCAGCUUGGCUCCGUCUGCAGAGGCUAUCUGAUACUUGGCAUAGAAUACUGCUGAUCCCUGUGUCAGGAGGUGUAAUCGUAGGAAUGAUGCACGGGUUGCUCGAGAUAUUUGAACAGCUCAAACUUGCGAAACAACCGCAGAACCAAGGAAUCAGUUUACUUGCAGCCAUCUUUCCGACUGUAAAGGCUGUACAGGCUGCCGUGACUCUUGGGACCGGUUGCUCAUUGGGGCCUGAGGGUCCUAGUGUGGAUAUUGGUAAAUCAUGUGCACUUGGGUGCUCAGAAAUGAUGGAGAACAAUCGCGAAAGACGGAUUGCUCUUGUGGCUGCUGGGGCUGCUGCUGGAAUUGCUUCAGGCUUUAAUGCAGCAGUUGCUGGGUGUUUCUUUGCCAUUGAGACUGUAUUGCGGCCCCUUAAAGCAGAAAAUGCACCUCCUUUUACGACCGCUAUGAUAAUAUUGGCAUCAGUUAUAUCAUCUACUGUAUCAAACGUCUUGCUUGGAGAAAGACCAGCUUUUACAGUGCCAGCAUAUGAGCUGAAAUCUGCUGCUGAGCUACCUCUAUACCUCAUCUUAGGAAUGCUUUGUGGGGCAGUCAGUGUGGUAUUUGGACGGUUGGUAGUAUGGUUUUCAAGAUUUUUCGCGUACAUGAAAGAAAGGUUUGAUUUUCCCAUUGUAGUGUACCCUGCUUUGGGUGGUCUUGGAGCUGGCCUCAUAGCCCUCAAAUAUCCAGGGAUUUUAUACUGGGGUUUCACAAAUGUUGAAGAAAUAUUGCAUACUGGGAAGAGUGCUUCUGCUCCUGGUAUCUGGUUGUUAACUCAACUUGCAGCUGCGAAGGUAGUUGCGACCGCCCUUUGCAAGGGGUCUGGUCUUGUGGGUGGACUAUAUGCUCCAAGCUUGAUGAUCGGGGCUGCUGUUGGAGCUACUUUUGGAGGGUCAGCUGCAUACUUAAUAAAUGCAGCUAUACCUGGUAGUGCUGCUGUUGCACAGCCACAAGCUUAUGCUCUUGUUGGAAUGGCUGCGACAUUGGCUUCAGUCUGCUCAGUCCCGUUGACUUCCGUAUUGCUUCUCUUUGAGCUGACAAAGGAUUACAGGAUUUUGCUACCUCUGAUGGGAGCAGUUGGACUGGCAAUAUGGGUUCCUUCUGUGGUAAACCAACCAAAUGAUGGUGAAUCUUCAGGGUUUAGAGCACCCAUGCGUGGUUAUUCUUUAGUUUCACUACAAGAUAAAAAUAGUAGCGUCUGGACGCGAAGUGAUUCCGUAGAUGAUCUUGAGCUUACUAUCUCACAAAGUGGUCUUCGUAACUAUGGUACCUACCAAGAGGAAGUGCUUCUAGAUGAUUUGAAGGUCUCCCAGGCCAUGUCAAAGAGAUAUGUUAAAGUUCCACCAUCUGCCACAGUGACAGAAACUCUCACUUUAUUGAGUGAUAAGCAGCAAAUGUGCGCCCUUGUUGUGGAUCAUGAAGAUUUUCUUGAGGGGCUUAUUACAUUAGGGGAUAUUAGCUGAAUGGGCUUUGAACUGGACGGGGAAAGUUACUUAAGUGGAGACCAGCUCAACUCUGAUGAAGCCUGUUCAACCAUCUCGUCGUGUCUCACUCGAGGAUUCCAGUACCAGGGGAGUGAGCGCGGACUGCCAACAUGCUUUCCAGAUACCGAUUUGACCACUGCCAAAAACCUUAUGGAGGCCAGAGGGAUAAAGCAGCUGCCUGUCGUUAAGCGUGGCGUUGGGCAUAGAACCGAAAGAAGGCGCAAGCUUGUUGCCCUUCUCUAUUAUGAUUCUAUCGGCCACUGCUUACGGGAGGAGAUUGAGAACUGGAAAGCUAUAUACCAAAGAAAAGAAGAUUUCCACAUUUUAGCAACUGGUCACACAUUACAGUGACCUGUGAUAUACACGAACCUGUAUAGCUUGGAGGCUACCCUCCAUUAAUUGGACUCGAGCUGUCUUCUGAGGGGGUCUACGCAGGCAAAGCCUGACCAAAUUUGCAAUGGCGGUUUGUCAACAACCUUGCAUUCCCUGGAUGAUGUACUAUUGGAACCAUAUAUGACUGAACCAGUCAUCUUUUGUUAUAUGUGACGCUACUUCACACGGGAAAGGGGGAUGGAGCAUGCAUGUUUGAGAUCUAAGGACCGAAAUGUCACCAAAGAACUAGCCAUGGAUAAGGAUGCGUGGAAGUUAGCUAUCCACGUGCGAGAACCAUGAGUUGGGUUUGAGAUCUUAUGGGUUUCAACUCUAGCCUACCCCAAUUUGUUUGGGACUAAAAAAGGACUUGCCCGUGGACAUUUUAUGUCGUCGGUUUGAUGGUGACGUUGGAGUUGCCCUUAUGUCAUAGCAGCAUGGGAUGGGUUGAUCACACACACGAGAAAAAUUGUGUAAAGCGUGCAGCAGAAAUUUUGGGAUGGCGAUCGAUGUUGUAAUUUGUAACAUCACAUGGUUCCUAACAUCCAUUAUUAGCGCCUUCAUUGUCUCCUGUUGAUGGAAACAUAACCCGCACGGCAUGGUGUUCGGUCUGAUAACUUUUAUCUGAUUCCCAUAUCUGGAA